CCGCCCGAGAAGCCGCCAGAUGGAAUACAAAAGGCGAAGCCCGGGCGCCCAUGGAGACGGCCCCGGGGCAUAAACCCGGGGGGGCCAGGGGCUGGGGGCGCGCUCGCCAUGGAGCCCGACGCCCUCCUGGACCAAGACGGCUCCUACGAGUCACCCCAAGAAAGGCCCGGCUCCCGGCGCAGCCUGCCCGGCAGCCUCUCAGAGAAGAGCCCCAGCAUGGAGCCCUCAGCUGCCUCACCGUUCCGGGUCACGGGCUUCCUCAGCCGCCGCCUCAAGGGCUCCAUCAAGCGCACCAAGAGCCAGCCCAAGCUGGACCGCAACCACAGCUUCCGCCACAUCCUGCCGGGGUUCCGGAGCGCAGCCGCCGCCGCCGCCGCCUCCGCCGCGGACAAUGAGAGGUCCCAUCUGAUGCCAAGGCUGAAGGAGUCUCGCUCCCACGAGUCCCUGCUCAGCCCCAGCAGUGCGGUGGAGGCGCUGGACCUCAGCAUGGAGGAGGAGGUGGUCAUCAAGCCUGUGCACAGCAGCAUCCUGGGCCAGGACUACUGUUUUGAGGUGACAACAUCAUCAGGAAGCAAGUGCUUUUCCUGCCGGUCAGCAGCCGAGCGGGAUAAGUGGAUGGAGAACUUGCGGCGAGCAGUGCACCCCAACAAGGAUAACAGCCGGCGUGUGGAGCACAUUUUGAAACUAUGGGUGAUUGAAGCCAAGGACCUGCCAGCCAAGAAGAAGUACCUGUGUGAGCUGUGCUUGGAUGAUGUGCUCUAUGCUCGUACUACGGGCAAGCUCAAGACGGACAAUGUCUUCUGGGGAGAACACUUCGAGUUUCACAACCUGCCACCUCUGCGCACAGUCACCGUCCACCUCUACCGGGAGACUGAUAAGAAGAAGAAGAAGGAGCGCAACAGCUACCUGGGCCUGGUGAGCCUUCCCGCUGCCUCUGUGGCAGGGCGGCAGUUCGUAGAGAAGUGGUACCCUGUGGUGACGCCCAACCCCAAGGGCGGCAAGGGCCCUGGACCCAUGAUCCGCAUCAAGGCGCGCUACCAGACCAUCACCAUCCUGCCCAUGGAGAUGUACAAGGAGUUUGCCGAGCACAUCACCAAUCACUACCUGGGGCUCUGUGCAGCCCUUGAACCCAUCCUCAGUGCCAAGACCAAAGAGGAGAUGGCGUCUGCCCUGGUGCACAUCUUGCAGAGCACAGGCAAGGUGAAGGACUUUCUGACGGACCUGAUGAUGUCAGAGGUGGACCGCUGUGGAGACAAUGAGCACCUCAUCUUCCGUGAGAAUACACUGGCCACCAAGGCCAUUGAGGAGUACCUCAAACUGGUGGGCCAGAAGUACUUGCAGGAUGCACUAGGUGAGUUCAUCAAAGCUCUGUACGAGUCAGAUGAGAACUGUGAAGUGGACCCAAGCAAGUGCUCAGCUGCUGACCUCCCUGAGCACCAGGGCAACCUCAAGAUGUGCUGCGAACUGGCCUUCUGCAAGAUCAUCAACUCCUACUGUGUCUUUCCACGGGAGCUCAAAGAGGUGUUUGCCUCAUGGCGGCAGGAGUGCAGUAGUCGUGGCCGGCCGGACAUCAGCGAGCGUCUCAUCAGCGCCUCCCUCUUUCUGCGUUUUCUCUGCCCAGCCAUCAUGUCACCCUCACUCUUCAACCUGCUGCAGGAGUACCCUGAUGACCGCACUGCCCGCACCCUUACCCUCAUUGCCAAGGUUACCCAGAACCUGGCCAACUUCGCCAAAUUUGGCAGCAAGGAGGAGUAUAUGUCAUUCAUGAACCAGUUCCUGGAGCACGAGUGGACCAACAUGCAGCGCUUCCUGCUGGAGAUCUCCAACCCCGAGACCAUCUCCAAUACAGCUGGCUUCGAGGGCUAUAUUGACCUGGGCCGUGAGCUCUCCAGCCUGCACUCACUGCUCUGGGAGGCCGUCAGCCAGCUGGAGCAGAGCAUUGUGUCCAAAUUGGGACCUCUGCCUCGGAUCCUGAGGGAUGUCCACACUGCACUGAGCACCCCAGGCAGCGGGCAACUCCCUGGGACCAACGAUCUGGCUUCCACACCGGGCUCUGGCAGCAGCAGCAUCUCAGCUGGACUGCAGAAGAUGGUGAUCGAGAACGAUCUCUCUGGUCUGAUAGAUUUCACCCGGUUACCGUCUCCAACCCCCGAAAACAAGGACUUGUUUUUUGUCACAAGGUCCUCCGGGGUCCAGCCCUCACCUGCCCGCAGCUCGAGCUACUCGGAAGCCAACGAGCCUGAUCUCCAGAUGGCCAACGGUGGCAAGAGCCUAUCCAUGGUGGACCUCCAAGACUCCCGCACACUGGACGGGGAAGCAGGCUCUCCAGCGGGCCCUGACGUCCUUCCCACCGAUGGGCAGGCACCCACCACUCAGCUGGUGGCUGGGUGGCCAGCCCGGGCAGCACCAGUGAGCCUGGCAGGGCUGGCCACGGUGCGGCGGGCAGGCCAGACACCAACCACACCAGGCACCUCUGAGGGAGCACCUGGGCGGCCCCAGCUGUUGGCACCACUCUCCUUCCAGAACCCUGUGUACCAGAUGGCGGCUGGCCUGCCGCUGUCGCCCCGUGGCCUUGGUGACUCAGGCUCUGAAGGCCAUAGUUCCCUGAGCUCCCACAGUAACAGUGAAGAGCUGGCGGCUGCCGCCAAGCUGGGAAGUUUCGGUACCACCGCGGAGGAGCUGGCUCGGCGGCCUGGUGAGCUGGCACGGCGACAGAUGUCACUGACUGAGAAGGGUGGGCAGCCCACGGUGCCACGGCAGAACAGCGCUGGUCCCCAGCGGAGGAUUGACCAGCCUCCACCCCCACCCCCACCGCCACCUCCUGCUCCCCGGGGCAGGACGCCCCCCACCCUGCUGAGCACCCUGCAGUACCCACGGCCCUCGAGUGGAACCCUGGCGUCAGCCUCACCAGAUUGGGCUGGCCCUGGGGCCCGGCUGCGGCAGCAGUCCUCAUCCUCCAAGGGGGACAGCCCAGAGCUGAAGCCACGGGCGGUGCACAAGCAGGGCCCUUCACCCGUGAGCCCCAAUGCCCUGGACCGCACAGCCGCUUGGCUCUUGACCAUGAAUGCGCAGUUGUUAGAAGACGAGGGCCUGGGCCCAGACCCCCCCCACAGGGAUAGGCUAAGGAGUAAGGAGGAGCUCAGCCAAGCAGAAAAGGACCUGGCAGUGCUGCAGGACAAGCUGCGGAUCUCCACCAAGAAGCUGGAGGAAUAUGAGACCCUGUUCAAGUGCCAGGAGGAGACGACGCAGAAGCUGGUGCUGGAGUACCAGGCGCGGCUGGAGGAGGGGGAAGAGCGGCUGCGGCGGCAGCAAGAAGAUAAGGACAUCCAGAUGAAAGGCAUAAUCAGCAGGUUGAUGUCAGUGGAGGAGGAGUUGAAGAAGGACCAUGCAGAGAUGCAAGCAGCUGUAGACUCCAAACAGAAGAUCAUUGAUGCACAGGAGAAGCGCAUCGCCUCACUGGACGCUGCCAACGCCCGCCUCAUGAGCGCGCUGACCCAGCUGAAAGAGAGUAUGCAUUAGAAACAAAAGCCCGCUUGCUCGCUUGCUGGAACACAGGGGCCUUUUAAAUUGAGCGUGCGCACUGCAUGGGAAAUAGCGGCCCUGGAGGAUGUUAGCCUUGCUCCCUCUCAAGACAGCAGCAGCCUGCACCGGGCCCGGCGCAGCCGCCCUCCUCACCCCUCCCGGCCCCAGCCAAGGACCCGGGCGCUGCAGACAGGGGAGGGGCACUCUCACAGCUGGGGCUGGCUUCCCUCAACUCCAGGCUGUUCUGUAGCAUAUCUGCCCCUCCCCCCUUUGCGGAACAUAGAUGGGCAGGAGCUGGGGUCUCUUGGCCCCAUCUGUUCCCAGGCCCUACAGAUUCCAAGCCCUGGCCCUGGGUCACCUAGGCCAGGAGCUGGGGCCUUGGCCCAUGGCAGCAGAGCCAGGGCUGGGCGAGCUGCAGGAGCCGCCACCUCUGUCUCUGGGGCUGGAAAGUGCCACAGAGUCUCCCAGGAAGGGCAGAAGUGCUGGAGGGGUGGCCAGAGCCACGCUGCACCCCUUCCUGGGCCCAUGGGCAGGUGACAGCGGCUGCACUCGGGAGGGAGAGUUAGGCUAGAGACAUGCUGGUGGAGAGGGCUGCACUGCCAAGGGCCAGAGACCUCAGGAAGGAAGGAGGUGGGGCUGAGGUCCUGCUGCCACCCCUUCCUGCCCCCAUUCCUGUCCACAACUCUGCACCUGUGCAUUUCAGACCAGGGUGGCCACACAGGCAGGGCCUGGCUCCAGGUGUGUCCUCCUCUGGCCAGUGUCAUCUUCACUGCCAGGGAGCCCUGCUCUCCUCCCCUACCCACCCCACCCCUCCCGCAGAUGCCUCGUAGCGUGACCUCGAACUGAGCACCUCUUAGCAAUACAGGGAGGUCCCCAGGGCCUGGAGAGGAGGGUGCGGGGGCCAGCUGCUGUGGCCGGUGCUGGCUACCCUUGGAGGGGGUUGUGAGCUCUCAGGCCGAGAGCCUUACUUACCUAGUGCAAAAACUGUAAAAGUGUACAGACUCUUCACAGAUUUUUAUCUUAAUUGCAAGUCUGACGAUUUUUGUAAAUGUUCUUGGUGUUUGACUGUAAUGUAACUAUUUCACCCAAGGUUGUACAUAGUCCUUUAGUCCUGGUGCUGCGAGGGCUGCCGGGACUGCUGCUCUCCUGAUGGUUUGUAUUGUAUUUUGUGAUCUAGAGAGAAGUGCUGGGCAGGACAGAGCGCUUUGGGAUCCAGGGGUUUCUGUCUUUUCCCUCCUUCUGGCAUUUACUUGUGGCUUUGCGGCGUGCUGUCUGGGUGGCGGUUGAUGGGGACACGGGCCCUGAUGGGUCCAGUAAAGAGGACUCCUACCUGAGGCCACAGGAAACUUGUGUUCCCAGGGCUGGGCCCUGCCCGCAGCCCGGGCUAGGGUUGCCAGAGGUCCCUGAGGAAAGGAUGGUCCCUGCUCAGGGGAGACAAAGUCCCCAGAUUGCUAGAAAAGGCUGCCCCUCCCCUGCCAACAGAGAAACCUGACAUUUUUUUGCUCAACUCAUAUGUUCAGGGUGAAGGAAACUGCCAAACUUCCUGUAAAUGAAGACUUUUUCUGACCGCCUGGAAGGGGGGUCCAGGGCCAGAGCUCCACACACACCCCCUCCCCCAGAGCACCUGUCCUGAGGGACACUGUUCCCUCACACCUGUCCGUCUGCAGGAGCCAGACCGUCCAGGGAAACAGCCCCUCUUUUCUACACACGCGGCCAUAAAGCCGCCCCCCACCCCCCACCGUGUCCUAGUUCCCCCCUUUUGUAAGUAUGUGAAAAGGAAAAAAUGCAAAUGUUGGAGUUUGGCUGGAGCUCCUCCUUCCAGCCAUGACUUUUAACCAUGUAAUAAUGUACAGAGAAAGUUGUUGGUGUUCUAAGACUCUGUGUGGCUGUGCAAUUUCUGUACAUUUGCAAUUAGAAAUAUUAAAGAUUUAUUUAGCUAUUUUAA